AAUUAAAACUUUAAAUCAGUUUUUGAAUCUUGUUCAAGAAAGCUUACAAAAAUGGCUGCUAAACAAGGAGAACUUCCUCUUUUGACCCCAUACACAAUGGGCAAAUUUCAACUUUCUCAUAGAGUUGUUUUGGCACCUCUGACAAGGGAAAGAUCUUACGGAAAUGUUCCUCAGCCGCAUGCCGUCUUAUACUAUUCUCAAAGAACAACCAAGGGAGGCUUUCUUAUUACGGAAGCCACUGGGAUUUCUGAUACUUCCAUGGGGUCUACAUAUACACCCGGAAUAUGGACAAAGGAACAAGUUGAAGCAUGGAAACCAAUUGUAGAUGUCGUUCAUGCUAAAGGCGGAAUCAUUUUCUGCCAACUUUGGCAUGUUGGCAGGCAAUCACAUACCAAAUUUCAACCAAAUGGGCAAGCCCCGGUAUCUUCCACAGAUAAGGGAUUACCUUACGAAACAUUUACACCACCAAGGAGGCUAAUGACAGAGGAGAUCCCUCUUGUUGUUAAUGAUUAUAGGCUUGCUGCAAGAAAUGCAAUUGAAGCUGGUUUUGAUGGAGUUGAGAUCCAUGCCGCUCAUGGUUAUUUACUCGAUCAGUUUUUGAAAGAUGCGGUAAACGAUAGGACAGACAAGUAUGGUGGCUCUCUAGAAAACCGUUGCAGAUUUACAUUGGAAGUAGUUGAUGCUAUUGCAAAAGAAAUAGGAGGAGACAAAGUUGGGAUAAGAUUAUCCCCAUUUGCAGACUACAUGCAAUCAAGUGACUCCAACCCAGUUGCUUUAGGUGUUUACAUGGCCGAGUCUUUGAAUGCAUAUAACAUUGCUUACUGUCAUAUGGUUGAACCAAGGAUGAAAGAUGUUGUUAUAACAGUUGAAAGUCCUGAUAGUCUUUUGCCAAUGAGAAAAGCGUUCAAAGGUACUUUUAUGUCUGCCGGAGGGUAUGGUUUGGAAGAUGGUAACAAAGCGAUAGCAGAAAAUCGAACGGAUCUUGUUGCCUAUGGUCGUUUGUUUUUGGCAAAUCCUGAUUUGCCAAAAAGGUUUGAGCUUAAUGCUCCUCUAAACAACUAUGACAGGGCAACGUUUUUUACUUCUGAUAGCGUAGUUGGUUACACUGAUUACCCAUUUUUGGAAAGCACGGCUUAAAGUUGAUGGAUUCGAAAUAAGGAGAGAUUCUGAAAUGGUGUACACAUUUGCAAAUCUCAUAAGAAGGUCAAGGGGGAUAUAACAUUGAUCAUGAAGUGACUGAAGUAAUGUUUUUCUCUUUUUCUUUGUUUGAGGAAGUUAUGUUGGUGAUUGGCAAAUAGCAUAGUUCUUAUUGAGUAUUUUGUUAUUUUCUUGUUUGUAUUGUUUUCUGUUUGAACAGAAUAAAAUAGUGUACACUAGCGUUAUUAUAUUA